AGCUAGCUUCACACAGCAAACGUUAGAGUCAAUUUCUUGAGCUGUUUAGAGCACUUGCAACAUUUGCAAGUCAUUCGGAGGCAAAAGUCCACUGCUGGUCAGACAACCGGGUCGCGCCGCAAACAUGACCAAGCACGAGUUUGAGGUGGCGAUGACGUGUGAGGGAUGUUCAGGAGCUGUUACCAGAGUCCUCAACAAGCUGGGAGAUGUGAAGUUUGAGAUCGACCUGCCGAAGAAACUGGUUUGGAUCGAGUCCGACAAGGACGUGGAAGUUCUCACGGAGACGCUGAAGAAAUGCGGGAAGGAGGUCAAGUACAACGGCACCAAAUGAAGGAAUCUGCUUCCCGUAGAACAGGUGCCACGAUGGGGAUAAAGUGUUUUAACUCCAUAUGAAUUCAUGUUUAUGAUCUCCGUAAAACUUUUUUUUUGUGACUGCCAGAAACAAAGAAGUGUUAGUUCUUAUUACUUUGAUUGAAUAUAUUUUGUCUGUAAAAAGUUUUGCUUGAAUCAGACGACGAUAAAAAUAGAAUAAAACACGUUAUUAAUCUUUCUCUGCAACAGUGAAUUCAGAUUGAACAUAUUAGUCCUGCAAGUCAUUUUCAUUAGCAGUUGAACUGUCAGGAAUUUAAAAAUCAGCUUACUUCCUCCAUCUGUAUGUGUGUGUAUAUUUUGUGGGAAACCAUUUCUGCUGAUGCAAAGUGAAGAUUUAUGCUGGAAUUCAAGUUCUUUACCUGUCCUGAAAGGUCUGGUAAUUGGAAUUUGACCCGUUGUCUAAAUGUUGAUAUCAGAAACAUGGGUUUCUUUUUAACUACCUAAUUUGGAUUACCCAAAAAAUAACACAGAUGAUUCCAUACAACGCGCUACGCAAGUACAACAAAAGAUCGGGUCUCUACUUUCAUUGAAUCUUGGGUGUUUUGUCAAAUUUUUGUAACGUUUUGAAACGGUAUCCCGACUGAACGUUGACCCUUCUGUGAUUGUCCUUACUUUAAUAUUAGUCUAAAUAAUUCAUACUUUCUGCUUUUUGAGCUCAAGAAUUAGGUAUAAUUUCCUAUAAAUGAGGUUUUGUAUUGACCAUGAAUUCCAGAAAUAACUAAUAAGUGUAAAACUAGUUAUGAGUUGGUGUUGGUGGUAUUUAUACAUGGUAGUGAAAAGAAGCGUUAAACGUCAAAAAAAGCGGCAAAAACGUCAGAAAAAGUGUUGAUUUUCAAGAAGUUUUGACCGGGAGGACGAUGCAUGGUCGAAUGGAAGACAAACACAAGGGUUAAACAGACAUCGCUGCUGAUUGGGUAACGUCUCUGACACACCCACCAAACAAGAGAAGACAUACCUCAAAGCUUGCUCGCGAACCGUUUCACACCGUUCCGAGGAAACGUGUCGUUCAAUCCGGAAAUCGUAGCGAAUGGGUGCACACCGUUCGGACGUUGAACGUGCACCCAGGACAUGAAACUGCACAUUUCAAGCAUCGCUGCCAUUUUCAGUCUUUCCUGUUUGUGUAAAAAGAUGCAAAACAAACACGAGCAACCUUUCCUUUAACGCAAUUAAAGUACAUUCCCUGGAUUGUAAAAUAUACUUCAAAGUAUUGUCCAUUUCUGCCCGGAAGUUGACAUUCAGUAUUUUUGCAUUUGGUUGGAUCUGACAUAAAUGAAAAGUCAUCCUUCAUAGUUUCAUUUAUGGAGAUGUUUGUAGAUCUUCACCAAGGGGGGGGAACUCGGCGUGUCUCUCUUCCCUUCAGGGACCAUCUGCAAACUUGUACAACUGAUUCCUUGUAGCUGCAUUACACUUUACACUACGGCAGUCCAUUAAUAGCACAGGUCCUAUUAACCAUGUUAAAUUGAUACUAACGUACAGUAUGUCUUUGUUUUCUAUUAACAAUGUGAAGCCCUUGUUGUAAUUCACUCUGUCUUUUGUCACUUUGGGAUAAAAGAAAUCGUCCCUUUGCUGGACUUUUGUAAUUGUCUUGAAAUGUUGUGUACGCACAGGGGAAAUAAAAUCAUCUCUGCCUCACUA